CCUACUGUGAUAGUUAUGACUUACUUCGCAUGAUCGAAGAUGUGCCAAAAAAGUUUCAAUGUUGAAUUUUCAAUGUCGCUUGCAGGCGUUGCACAGUUGAUCUACCGUUGUGGUACAAUUCGAACUUUACUGUAAGGCCGGGAGCUCGCGUGUGUCGCUUUUUUAGUUCUUUUCCGCUGAAUUGUUCGUAAAAUGUCGGGUCUGUCAAUGUGGAUAAAACGAUAUCCAGUUGUACGAGGAAUGAUCACCUACAGUAUGCUUUGGCCUACUGGCUGUUUCAUCCAACAAAAACUGUCGGGAAAAAAGAUGAAUGAAAUCGAUUGGAAAAAGUGCUGGCGCUUCUUCUUCUACGGAGGUUUCAUCGUUGCUCCGUCGCUGUAUUGCUGGAUACGAGUGGCUUCCAUUAUGUGGCCAAGACAAGACUUGAAGUCAGCCAUUGCCAAGGCUCUCACGGAACAGAUCAGCUACACUCCAAUGGCCAUGACUGCAUUCUAUUUUAGCAUGAGUCUCCUGGAAUCCAAAACCGUCGAAGAGUCAUUUAACGAAGUAAAGGUGAAACUCUGGCCUACCUACAAAGUAGCCCUGUGCAUCUGGCCACUGAUACAGACUUUUAAUUUCUCGGUCGUACCUGAAAAGAACCGCGUUCCUUUCGUUAGUAUGUGCAGCUUGCUUUGGACCAUAUUUUUGGCAUACAUGAAGCAAAAAGAGCAAAGUGAAAUGGCAGAAGGAAUCUUGGUGAAAUAGAGCGAAAUUGCAUAUACAAGGUGCAAUUCAAAAAUUCCAGGACUUUUAUUAAAAAACGAAAACCAUUGAUUUUUUUUGAAAAAUUUUAUUGGUCGGCUUCAAAAUAAUCCCCUUCGGAUUGAAUACAGCGAUUUGCACGUUCAAGAAGAUUAUCGAAUGAUUUUUUUAGGCCAUCUUUUGGUACAGCGUUGAGAAUGGUGGUCGCCGCCUUUUGAAUGGCAUCAACGUCAAUAUAGCGUUUUCCUUUCAUGGCCAAAUGAAGUUUUCCGAACAAAUAAAAGUCGCACGGUGCCAUGUCAGGCGAAUAAGGUGAAUGAUUGAUGCUUAAAAUGCGAUUUUUGGUCAAAAAAUCUGUCGUGAGUGUCGAACGGUGAGCUGGUGCAUUAUCAUGCAAUAAUCGCCAGCUUCCUUCUUCGCGAUAUUCUGGCCGAAUUCGUCGAAUGCGUGAUACCAAACGCUUCAAAACACUUACAUAAAACACAGCGUUAACUGUUUGGCCUGUUGGAACGAAUUCUUUAUGAAUAAUACCCUUGGAAUCGUAAAAACAAAUCAACAUUGACUUGAUUUUUGACUUUUCUUGGCGCGAUUUUUUCGGAUUUGGCUCGUCUGGAUGCUUCCAUUCGCUGCUUUGUCGCUUGGUUUCGGGAUCAUAUUGAAAACACCAUGUCUCAUCACCAGUCACGAUCGAAUACAAAAAGUGUCGGUCCUUUUUGGCCUCUUUAAUGAUGUCUUUUGAAUGUUGAAUUCUGAGGUCUUUUUCGUGUUGUUUCAAUGUGUGCGGAACAAAUCGAGCACAAACCUUUCGGUAGCCCAAAUUUUCUGUCAAAAUACGAAAAAUCGAUGCUGCAGAUAUUCCCAAUUCUGAUUCCAUGUAUUUAAGCGAUGAUUUCGGCUCUUUUUUGAUGAAUUCACGCACAAUUUCCGUGUUUUCUUCGUUCACAAUAUCUCUUGGCCGCCCCGACCGUUCGUCGUCUUCCAAGUCCUCCCGUCCCUCUUGAAAACGUUUAAACCACUCGUGAAUACGGCUACGAGAUAGACAAUCAUCACCAUAAACAUGUUUCAUCAUUUGAUGAGUUUCGGUAAAAGUUUUACCAAGUUUAACACAAAACUUAAUAUUGGCUCUUUGUUCAAUGCUCAUUUUUCGACCGACACAAUAAAUGUACUGUCACAUUUGGCGCGAUAUCUCAGCUUGUAUACAUCCAAAUGUCAUAAAAAUUUGACAGAACAUUACUAAUGGAUAGACAAACAACCGAUACAAAUUUCAAAGAGAUGGCGCUACUAGAAGAUGGGAAAUUAUAAAAGUCCUGGAAUUUUUGAAUUGCACCUUGUAGUUACAAACACAUUAUAUAGUAAUUUUCGAGAAUUUAUGCGCAGUAUUGGUAUGGUUAAAUCGAAACGUAAUUUAUUGUGAAAUACAUGGCGUGGCGUUACAAUCUGCAAAAAGGCAUGG